AUGGUGCGAGCAGCCUUGGUGACCGGCACCAGUCUGGUGUUGACUGGUGCUGUGGUGGCACACGCUUACCUCCUCAAACACCAGUUUUACCCAACUGUAGUUUAUCUCACCAAGAGCAGCCCCAGCAUGGCGGUGUUAUACAUUCAGGCUUUUGUAUUGGUGUUUCUUGUGGGAAAAUUCAUGAGGAAGGUGUUUUUUGGACAGCUAAGGGCUGCAGAAAUGGAGCAUCUCAUUGAGCGUUCCUGGUAUGCAGUGACCGAGACGUGCCUGGCCUUCACUGUAUUCAGGGAUGACUUUUCUCCACGCUUUGUUGCCCUCUUCACACUUCUGGUCUUCCUUAAGUGCUUCCACUGGUUGGCUGAGGACCGGGUGGACUUUAUGGAACGAAGUCCAAACAUAUCCUGUCUUUUCCACUUCAGAGUGUUAUCUCUCAUGGGGCUGUUGGCAGUCUUGGACUUCACGUUUGUUUACCACGCCUGUCAGAGCAUUAUCACCCGAGGAGCCUCCGUCCAGCUUGUUUUCGGCUUUGAGUAUGCGAUCCUGUUGACCAUGGUGUUUACAAUUUACAUUAAGUACAUCCUGCACACUUUCGAUUUACAAAGCGAAAAUCCCUGGGACAACAAGGCUGUCUAUAUGCUCUAUACUGAGCUCUUCACUGGUUUCAUAAAAGUUCUCCUGUACAUUGCUUUUAUGACCAUUAUGAUGAAGGUUCACACUUUCCCCCUGUUUGCAAUCCGGCCCAUGUAUUUGGCUAUGAGACAAUUUAAGAAAGCUGUAACUGAUGCUAUAAUGUCUCGGAGAGCCAUUCGCAACAUGAAUACACUAUACCCCGACGCUACCCCUGAGGACCUGCAGGCUUCUGACAAUGUUUGUAUCAUCUGCCGAGAGGAGAUGGUCACUGGGGCAAAGAAACUACCUUGCAAUCAUAUUUUCCAUUCCAGUUGCUUGCGCUCCUGGUUCCAGAGACAGCAGACCUGUCCCACCUGCCGCAUGGACGUCUUGCGGGCGUCAAACAACAAUCAGACUCCUACCCCUGCCCAGGCUCCGCCCCCUGCUCAGGCAGCCCCUGCUCCUGCUGCCCAGCCAGCCAAUGUGCCACCCGGUAUGUUACCUGGCUUCCCACCAGGCCUGUUUCCCUUUUGGGGUCCCUUUCCACCUGUGCCUCCCCCGGCCGCGGCUGCUCCUGGUGCCACCAACGUACCGCAGGGCAACACUGAGGCAGUGCAAGCGGCCGGUACAAGCCAAUCCACUUCACCUGGUGCAGACACUGCAACAGCCGCCACUCCGGGCUCGACAAUUCCGGGAUUCCCCUUCUCCAUUCCUCCACCUCCCUUCCCAACUGCACCGUGGCUUCCAAUGCCGCCACCUCCUCCUCCCUUCAUGUCGUCAAUGCCCCCGCCUCCUCCUUCUCUGUCCCAGUUGUCUGAAGACGAGCUGAGGGAGCUGGAGGCCGAAGGCCGUCGGGGUCUGGAAGCCAGGCUGCAGUGUCUCCAGAACAUCCACACCCUGCUGGAUGCCGCCAUGCUUAACAUCCACCAUUAUCUCAGCACAGUUGCCACGCUCACCCCUCCAAGGUCUGACAGCAGCACAGGUGAAGCCAGUGGAACAAACCCUUUGGCUUCAGUCCCCACUGCUAGCGUCAGCACGGACGAACCGAGUCAGGAAAAAGCCUCGUCCUACCUCAUGAACAAAGCUCCAGUCCAGACGGACGACUGCACUGCUUCCACUUCCAGCGCUUGGGAGAGCGAGAGCAGAGACAAGACAGACGGAGGAUCAGAGGACGAGGACGGCGAGCCCAACACCGCCGAACUGAGGCGUCGGCGGCUUCGGAAGCUUGAAACGGCGCCGCUUCCGCCUGCAGAAGAUUGA